AUGAAAACCACCACUGCCAAUUUCACGCUUUUUCUCGGCUUCCCAAUGGUCGCCGCAACCUUCAGCAUGGGGGACCCAGCAAUCAGAGAGGGUCGUGUCUCCAAGGCCUGCGGCAGAGCUCUGGAAGCUGACAUAGAUUGCCACCAUUACAUCCCCGAUAUGAACUUGAAUUAUUAUCAAAAAUGGGUUGGAGAUGUGGAACUAGCCAACAGAAUCUGCACUGACACCUGCUCUGAUUCGUUUCGAAGCUGGAACGAUACCGUGACCAAAGACUGUGCUGCGGACAUGAACGACUCGGAUCAUAUUGGUAGAAUCACCCCAGGUUCGUUGAUGUUCAGCAUCAGUCUGAUGUGGCAAGGCUUCAACGAGACCUGCGUCAAAGAUGAUGAGUCAGGCCGUUACUGCCAAGAGAUUCUCGACGGCUUCUCCAAAAUUAAUUAUCAUCGCCACGAUAGACCUCUGGAAGAGCUUUGUCAUCCCUGCUACGGCAAGGUUCUUGACAUAAUGUCAAAAUCUUUCCUAUGGUACAAUCCGGAUGACUAUAUUUUCCCGGGGUCUACGAAAGGCGAGUACUGGAUACGUGAGCUUGAGCUCGUCCAUGAGAAAUGUGGCAACUCGGAUAGCACUGUCACUGUGUCGGACUCACCAACAGAGACUGCGACCUACGACACCGAAGGACCAACCCCAGAUGGUCCAACAGAUCCGGGAAUCCCUUCUGACUGCACCUUCUUCCAAACAAUCAACCAACCCCUCUACGACUGCCGGGGAUGGAUCAGCGACUGGGCUUUGACGGUAAAACAGUUCGUUGAAUAUAAUCCAACCGUCGAUGGUGACUGCCGUGGCAUUAAACUUGGCCACUCGUACUGCGUCGAGGUCAACAAUGGGCGUCCACGAAAAGAGCGCCCGCCUCAGGUGACGAGCAGUCAGGUCGUUGAGCCGCAAUCCAGUGAAGUCAAAGGUUCCAAUUUUAGUUGGGAUACUUUGAAGGAUGGAUACAUGGAUCUUUAUGAAGCUGCCAAACAAGUGGUGCUAGGACAAAGCUGA